CGGCGUCGUCAGUUGUGAGGCGCGGCUUGUGGCGUGCGGACGGGCUGUCGCUUGGGCCUGGGCGCCGGCGAUGCUGCUGACGGUGUUCUGCCUGCGGAGGGACCGCUCCGAGCUGACCUUCUCGCUCCAGGUGGACGCCGACUUCGAGCUGCAGAACUUCCGCGCCCUCUGCGAGCUCGAGUCCGGCAUCCCCGCCGCCCAGAGCCAGAUCGUCUAUGCGGAGCGUCCCCUGACGGACAACCACCGUUCGCUGGCCUCCUACGGCUUGAAGGACGGGGACGUGGUGAUCCUGCAGCAGGUGGAGAAUGCGGAGGCACGGCCGCCGGUGCCCUUCCCUGGCCUGCCCAGGAUAGACUUCAGCAGCAUCGCAGUGCCGGGGAGCUCCUCCGUGCCGCCGCCUGCCCCUCCGCCCGCCCCUCUGCCGGCCUCCACCUCGCACCCGCCUCCACCGGACCUGCCUUCCUCUCCACAGGGGCUGGACAACCCGGCGCUCCUGCGGGACAUGCUGCUGGCCAACCCGCACGAGCUCUCCCUGCUCAAGGAGCGCAACCCACCCUUGGCCGAGGCCCUGCUCAGCGGAGACCUGGAGAAAUUUACGCGGGUACUGGUGGAGCAGCAGCAGGACCGGGCCCGGCGGGAGCAGGAGAGGAUCCGCCUCUUCUCCGCCGACCCCUUUGACCUGGAAGCGCAAGCCAAGAUCGAGGAGGACAUCAGGCAGCAGAACAUCGAGGAGAACAUGACCAUCGCCAUGGAGGAGGCCCCUGAGAGCUUUGGCCAAGUGGUGAUGCUGUACAUCAACUGCAAGGUCAACGGCCACCCCGUCAAGGCCUUUGUGGACUCAGGGGCACAGAUGACCAUCAUGAGCCAAGCUUGUGCGGAGCGGUGCAACAUCAUGCGGCUGGUGGACCGGCGGUGGGCCGGCAUCGCCAAAGGGGUGGGGACCCAGAAGAUCAUUGGCCGGGUCCACCUGGCUCAGGUGCAGAUCGAAGGGGACUUCCUGCCCUGUUCCUUCUCCAUUCUGGAGGAGCAGCCCAUGGACAUGCUGCUGGGGCUCGACAUGCUCAAGAGGCACCAGUGCUCCAUAGACCUCAAGAAGAACGUCCUGGUGAUCGGUACCACAGGCUCGCAGACCACCUUCCUCCCGGAGGGGGAGCUCCCGGAGUGUGCCCGCUUGGCCUACGGGGCUGGCAGGGAGGAGGUGCGGCCCGAGGAGAUUGCGGACCAGGAGCUAGCGGAGGCCCUGCAGAAGUCCGCGGAGGACGCAGAGAAUAGUGACCAAGGAACUACCUCACGAGAAACGCCACCGACGUCCGACGGAUUUAAACGUCCAGAGCUUGGUCCAAAGGCCAACAACCCUCGAAGCCGAAUACUUGACCGUUCCGCCUCUGCUCCGGCCUCCAUUUUCUCUCGUGGGAGCGGCCAGGCAGAGACCCUUCCUCCCGAGGAUUCCCUCCCCGAAUGUUUAGAAACUCUCGAAAGCGAGGAGCUGUUCCCACCACCGCCAUUUUUUCCUGAUGCCGUUGCUUCUGCCAAUGCUGCUCUGGGUGGGAAACUUGGAGCAGAACCUGAGCAUGUUCCUUCACAAACCACUUCUGGACCGCAGGCUCCUUCCUUCAGUCUGCAAGAGGAAACUCUCAGUCCUCCCGCCGAAGGAGGAAAAGAAAGGAGCUUAUCCAGCCCGCAGAGGAAAGAAAUGUCUGCACCCUUCCUUCUGGAUCACACAGAAAGGGAUCUGGGGCACAAGCUUCACUCAGAACCCAAAAUGGGUGGGAAACCUGGAAAUGGAGGGUUUCACAAUGCCAAGGAGGCUGCUUCCCCAUUGUUUUUCAAGGAAGAGUUAGAGAAAGUCCUUUUAUGUGCGGGAAGGGGGGACGUGGAAGGAGAGGGAUGCAAGGACUCCAUGGAGGUCCAUACUAAAACAGCCUUGUCGGGCGACGCAAACCUCGCAAUGGAGGUGGAACUCUCCAAGCCAGGCUCUUCUUUCCCUCUCGGUGGUGGUGGUCCUCCUCCUGAGGGUGAUCGGAUGCCGCCGGUGAGCCCUGGCCUCGAAGAUCCGGGCGCCUCUCUCUCUUGCGCCUUGAAGGAGCUCCACCAGCUCCUGGUUGUCAGCUCCAAGCAGGACGUGGGCCUUUCUCAGCGGGAAGCCCUUCCAGAGGAGCAUCAGGGCCUCCCUUUUCCUAGACACAUUGAGCCCUUUGCGGAGAGCAUGGAGAGCCUUGAGGCAAGGGAAGUGCAGCGGAUGGAUGAGAGCCGUGAAAAGGAAGCUGUACUCAAGUCCUUUGCAUACGAAAUGGAGAGUGUUGAGGUGAAGGAGGUGCAGCGGUUGGCUGAGAACUGUGAGAAGGAAGCUGUAGUUGAGUCCUUUGCAUACAAAAUGGAGAGUGUUGAAGUGAAGGAGAUGCCGCGGUUGGGCGAGAACCGUGGAAAAGAAGCUCUACUCCAGUCUGUUGAGGAUGACAUGGAGAGCAUUGAGGUGAAGGACGUGCAGCGGUUGGACGAGGGCCGUGAAAAGGAAGAUCUACUCAUGUCCUUUGAGGUGAGGAAAGUGCAGCGGUUGGAUGUGGCCCAUGAGAAGGAAGCUCUACUGGAGUCCUUUGCAUACGAAACGGAGAGUGUUGAGGUGAAGGUGGUGCACGGGUCGGAGAAGGAAGCUCCUCUCGUUGCUCUGGAAUCAUCAAUCCCUUUGGAGCAUCUUCGCGGAGCUGAAAGUUGUGCAUCCCCAUCCCGUCUUUCAUCCCCUGAUCGUGUCCUUCACCCUGAAGUUCCAGAAGAGAGCCGGCUUCCUCAGGAUGCAUCUCGGAAUCUCCCUCGUCCCUCCCCGGAAGGAACGGGAACCCCCUUCCCCUCUGGCGGCGACCUCCAGAGAUCCUCUGGUGCGGCGCUAUUGCCUCCUCCGUUGCGACCUCCUGUUUCCGGCGUUGACCAGAUCGUCGGGGCCGGCUUCACAGUGCAAGAAGCCGGCGAGGCCUUGGCACAGGCAGACGGGAACGCGGACCUGGCCCUCCUCCUCCUCUUGGCUAAGAACAUUGUGGUCCCCACGUAGCCCCCGCCCCACCUUGCCUCCUCCCUUCUCCUAACCUCCUUCCAUAGAAGCACGGAAAACAGGUUGUUCCUUUUCCAAAGUUCCCACCUGCCCGGUUUCCCUUUGGAAGCAGAAUGUCGGCAUUGCAUCAACUCCAUCGCUUUUUAAUUAUUACGAUUUUAAUGAUUAAGGUGAGGAAUAAAGAGUCUUUAUUUAAAUACAUGAGGCGAGGAAAGGAAUAAGCAGGUGCCCAGGAAGCUUCUGUCUUCUGCAAGAGGAGACGCUGUCGGGGAAGGUGAUACACAAGAGAUUGCAGCAACGCGAGGCAUAUCGUUUUAGUCAGGGCUAAUGCUGCAGCACGCACAGCGGAAGGAAGCAAUAGACCCCGGUUUGCUGCAUAAUAGUGGUCCAGAAGCGCCACCCUGGUUUUCUGGAGUCCUGAGGAUCUGGCCCCGAUAAGGAUUGCUGCUCAAUUGGGGAUUUAUGUCGGGAAAUGGAUGCAACGCGGCAAACUUCGCCCGCUUUCUUACAGUUUCUGCGUUUUGAGCCGACUGUCAAACUGCACAACUUACAGCCUUUUGGGAAAGAAGCGAUGCUGCCUGGUCUUCAUGGAAAGCUUCUUGGAUUGAUCUUGAAAUUGCCCCCUUCCCCCCCAAAACCAGGCACCACGCUGUUUGGCUAAUCCUGGGAAUGUAGCGCUUUGCCUCGGAGCCGGUGUUGCUGAAGCACUCUCGCCGACUCCCUCCUCCGGCAUGAUUUGUUUCCGUUUCUGGAACCGGCAAUUGGGCUGGGAAACCGGAGAAAGCCGACUCAUCUGCGAGAUCAGCCUGACUCAUUGCCUUGACCCUCCGGCCGUCUCUUGGCCUCAUCCCGACCCAACGUCCAACUCGGACUGGGAAGCAGCUUCCCUCGAGAUGCGCAGAGUUUACGCAGGGACGCAAACCCUGUAUGAACCAGGUUUCUCAAAGGUCAUUCUGGGAUCCUGUUAAGUUCCCCCAGCAAGGCGCAUCAGGCUGUCUCUGCGGCCGGCUCAGCUCAGAGGGAAAGGCUUUGCAAAAUAUUGCGCCCUCAGACUUGGUGGGAUUCUGGUGGAGUAGUUGUGUCAGCUCAGGUCCACCCUCUUUGAAGAUUUCAGUAGGGAUCCCAUCAGGUCCGCUGGCUUUGUUAUCUUUUUUGUUGGCUGGUGGCUUUGCUGACUUCCUCCAAAACUAGGCAGUCGUUUGAAACCCAAGCCAAGCCUUCGUCGUCGGAUCAUCGUCCUUCAGCUCACCCCCCCCCCUUUCUUUCCCCCCCCCCCCCCCGAAACAUAAUCAUUGAAGGGAGUCGCAGCCUCUCAGGAAUCUCCCCGUUGUUUUGCUUCAAUGACGCCCUUCUCGGCCCCUUCCUCCCCUCUCCUCGUUCUUGCUCCUUGCAGCCCAUGUUUGACCCUUUUGAAAACACUUGGGGGUUGUUUCUUCUAGGGAAAACGACAAGAAAGACGUGUAAGCAUUUUGGAAAAAUAAAAAAAACUGUUUCGCA